CUGCCCCGACCAGCGACCACCCUCUUUCGUUUAUUACAGGGAGAGGAGAGAGGUAUGGUUGGUGUCCGACUUUCGAUUCAUUUGCAGUCGGUCUCUUUUCCGGUAGUUCUUUCAUUCUUUGAAUCUGCUUGUUUUCUCUGAGACCGAUUUGCUGGUCCGAGAGCUUCUCUUUGACAUCGUCAAUGUAAGAAAUAAAGGGAAAAGGGGGAGUUUUUGUUUGAAACUCAAAACCAUUACAAAGACUUUCUAUAAAGAAGAAGAGGAAGAAGAAAAAUUUGACGCGCCUGGUGGGGAUCUUUUGAGGAAGACUUCCACUAAAGUUUGGAAUCUUUGAAUGCCAAAUUCUGUUUUUUCGUCGUCAGUUCUUCGUGAAUGUGCAAGAAUUCGGUGCGUGGUUGUAUGUGUUUGAGAGGUUUACGAGUUCCUCGGACGAUUCCAUUAUUUUGCUUCAAGGAAUCGCUGAAAUUUCAGUGGUUGUUUCAUGUGUUUCCGGAAGAAAUUUGCAGAGAUCGGGGUUGUGCAUGGUGAAAUUAGGCAGGGCAAUCAGGGAUUUGGGCUUCCGUGGCGCAAAUAUUGCGUUUCCUGUGCAUUUCUUUGGUGUUUAAUCUGUUUCUGCUAGUGUGCGAUUCAUUAGUCCAGAAGAAUCUCCAAAUCGAUGUUUUGUUCUGGGAGCUCACGGCGGUGCUUAAAGAUCUCUUUUUGAAUAAUAACGUCAUUGGAAUUCGGAAACUGGAAUAGAAUUUCCUGCAGAUUGCGAAGGUCUUCUUCUGACAAAAGAUAUAUAAUAUCUGCCCAUCUGGUUCGGGAUGGGAGUCGAUUAUUACAACAUUUUGAAGGUCAAUAGGAACGCAACCGAUGACGAUCUCAAGAAGUCCUAUAGGAGAUUAGCUAUGAAAUGGCAUCCGGACAAGAAUCCUAACAGCAAAAAAGAAGCAGAAGCUCAGUUCAAGAAGAUCUCCGAAGCCUAUGAAGUCUUGAGCGACGCACAGAAAAGAUCAGUCUAUGAUCAAUAUGGGGAAGAAGGAUUAAAGGGCAUGCCUCCUCAAGGUUCCAGCAGUGGUGGGUUUCACAAUGGAAGUUGCUCAAAUGAUUUCAGGUUCAAUCCUCGGAAUGCAGAGGACAUCUUUGCCGAAUUCUUUGGGAGAAACCCUUUUGGGUUCGCAUCAACUGGGCAUGGGAAGUCUACGAGGUUCCAAUCUGAUGGAGGGAUGUUUGGGGGGUUUGGUGGGGGUGAUAAUGCCUUCAGAACAUAUGGUGAAGCGGCUAAUGGGGGCGGCGCACCACGGAAGCCCCCUCCAAUUGAGAGCAAGCUACCAUGUACCCUUGAGGAGCUCUACACUGGGUCAACAAGGAAGAUGAAGAUCUCUAGAAAUGUUGUCGAUGCUAAUGGAAGGCUAGUUCCAGAAUCAGAGAUUUUAACAAUUGAUGUGAAGCCUGGCUGGAAGAAAGGAACGAAGAUCACAUUCCCAGACAAAGGGAAUGAACAAGUGAACCAGCUCCCAGCAGACCUUGUCUUUGUGGUUGAUGAGAAACCCCAUGAUGUCUACAAGAGGGAUAGCAAUGAUCUCAUUGUGAACCAAAAGAUUUCACUAGCAGAGGCUUUGUCAGGGACCGUAGUGAGCCUUGUGACACUUGAUGGUCGAGACCUGAGUAUCCCAGUAUCAGAUAUUGUGAGCCCAGGAUACGAACUUGUGAUUGCAAAGGAAGGAAUGCCGAUAAGCAAGGAGCCAGGGAAUAAGGGCAAUUUAAGGAUUAAAUUCGAAGUGAAGUUUCCAGCAAGAUUAACAUCUGAGCAAAGAGCUGCUCUCAAGCGCAUCUUGGGAGGUUGACUAUGGUGGUUAAUUUUGUUACUAUAUGUAUCUUACUGACUCAAUUGAUAGUCAAUAGGCCUAUCCCAUGUAAUUCAUUCUUUAACCCUUUCCCCUUUCUCUUUCCCUGUCAUCGGUGAUUCCAUUUAUAUUUUUUCUUACUCUUUUUUUUUAUUUCAUUUCAAUAUGAAUGUGCCUGAAAGGAGUAGAAGAUCCCCUAUGAUGCAUCAAAA